AUGCCGAAUAAGUUGCAAUUCUAUUUUGACUGCGUCUCGCCGUGGUCCUACGUUGCGUUCAAUGUAAUACGCCGUUACCAGCAGAAAUGGAAUCUCGACAUUGACUGGUGUCCUGCAAGCCUGUCUUAUGUGAUGAAAUUUUCCGGAAACAAGCCGCCACUCACUGUUCCCAAUAAAGGGAUGCAGAUGAGCAAAGAACUUGGCUUGACUAAGAGUAUGUACGGCGUUGACUUGAGAAUGCCCGAUGCAUUCCCUUUUGAUACAUUUAGUUUGAUGGGGUUCCUGCGUGGGGUCAAGGAGCGCGAGCCGGCCAAGCUUGAGCAGCUUAUCGACGCAUUUGUCACUGCCGUUUGGGGCGAGGGUAGGCAUGUACACACCGCCGAACACAUUCGUGAUUUGGCAGGUCCUGCUUUCAAAGGACAGGAGCAGGAUCUUGAUAAGCUCGUGGAGUAUGCAUUCUCCCGAGAGGCGCGCGACCUCCUUAAAAAGGAAGCCGACCAGCUUGUCAACAAUGGUGCUUUUGGUUUCCCGUACGUGCUCCAUGUAUCUGACUUGCAGCUGGAUGGUUGCGACCCGUGCUUCCGAUGGAAAACAGAUGAACUGUUUCUUGCCGCAUUUUACGGAGAACCGUACGCUGGCCCGUUCGCCAAUGGCAUAACGCCGCGUUUGUAG